AUGGGUAGUGAAGAACAGAGUGCCCAAGGCAGCAGGUUCAAAGUCGCGGACAGUGGUGCAGAAGCCAGCGCAAAGAGCGAAACGAGACGGAACAAUAUGACCAAUGACCUCCGAGUUACCUGGGGAAGCAAUUUGUGGGACUUUGGAUCUGUCCGUAUUUUUUUCAAGGCUGGAUGUGAGGCAACUUGGGGCCUUUCUGUCGAAUGUCGUGGAGAUGACGUGGCAGAGAGCAGCUCCUCGUGCUCUACUUCAAUGAUCGCUUGGUAUUCCGAGUUCUGA